AUGUGGCAUCCAAGAAAAGAAUGGGCGGUACCUCACCAAAGUGUUGGCCUGCAUCAACCGCCAAGUGGCUUCUCGUUGGGCACAUGGGUAUUCUUGGCCAUCGUCCUUGGUUUGCUAUUUCGGGCCCUGUAUUUACAUUUCUCGUCACCACUCUCGAAAGUGCCUGGUCCAUUCAUUGCAACCUUCAGCAGAUGGUGGCUUGCCUACCACGGCUGGCGAGGUGACUUCCAUCAGCUCUUAACACGCCUGCAUGAGCAGUAUGGAGACAUUGUGCGAAUUGGACCUGAUGAAGUCAUCACAAUUUCUCCAGAUGCAGUCAAGAAGAUCUAUGGUGCUGGGUCUCAGUUUCGCAAGAGCGAAUGGUACCGCCCUCAACAAGGGGAGCGAAAAUUUGACCUAUUUGCAGAGAGAGAUAUACUCACCCAUCGCAAUCACCGGCGGCUGGUGAACAAUGCUUAUGCCACCACUUCAUUGCUGGAGUUAGAGCCUUACAUGGAUAGCGCCAUCACAUAUUUCAUGGACACUCUGCAUCACCGCCAAGAAGAAUGUAUGGAUCUGGGACUUUGGCUACAACUGUUCGCCUUCGAUGUCAUUGGCGAAGUAACCUUCUCACAACGCUUUGGCUUGAUGGACGCCGGGAAGGAAUCGGUAGCUCUCGGGCAGAUCAAAAAGGUGCUGAGAUCGACUUCGUGGGUUGGUCAAGUUCCAUACGUCUACAAAAUUCACCAGCUUUUACUCCCGAUCAUCGGAAAUCAUCUGGCGCUUACAGCACGCAAUGGGAGUCUGCGCGAGUUCGCUGUCCGUCAAGUUCAGUCUAGGGUCCUGCGCGGAAGUGACCACCAAGACAUGCUGGGCCGGUUUGUGGAAAUCAACAAGGCCAAGCCGAUUGACUUCGAUGAGGCUGCUCUCAUUUCAAUGACUGCCAGCAAUAUCGCCGCAGGUAGUGACACCACAGCCAUCUCUCUUCGUUCGAUGAUCUACUACCUGCUCAAGAACCCCAAUUGCCUGAAGAAACUUGUCGAGGAGAUCGACAAAGCAACAGAAAGAAUGCCUCCCCAUUCAGUUGUAACAUACGAGCAGGCGAGCUCGAUGCCGUAUCUCCAAGCUGUCAUGAACGAGGCGAUGCGGAUUCAUUCUAUCGUUGGCCACAACAUGCAGCGAAUCGUUCCCAAGGAAGGGAUUCAGAUUGGGGAACAUUACAUCCCUGCCGGCGUCAUAAUAGGGACAAGUCCCUAUGUGCUAGGUCGAUCCGAAGGCAUUUACGGCCCUGAUGCAAAGAGAUUUCGUCCGGAGAGGUGGCUCGAAGACGGACAGAAAUAUGAUCUGUGGUCGGGCUACCUUGCAUUCGGAGGCGCCUCAAGGCUGUGCAUCGGCAAAAGUAAGUCACCCGAUGGGCUCGCGGCAAGGUUGAAAUGA